AUGCCUGACGCCUCCUCCAACAGCCUCAAGUCCCUCGACGACUUUCGCAUGAACAAUAUGCAGAUGCAGGGCGUCCCUCCUUCCGUCUACAUGCAGCACCAGACCAGCAGCAUCAGCAGUCACAGAAGGCUCCUCAGCAAGGCUCCUCCCAAGGCAACUGGCAAAUGUACAACGUCCACUACAUUUCUCAACCGCCCAAGGGUGGCGAGGCCUGCCUCUCCGAUAGACCGCCAUCACAUGCUAUGCCGACCUACUCAAGGCAAUUCCUUGUCCGAUGAAGGGUGGCGACGACGCUCCGCCAGCCUCUCACGGGCAGUGUUCCUAACAAGCGGUCCAAAUGGGCUGGACCGCCUGAACCGCCUACUUGGUCCAGUCCAGUCCAGCGAUUUUGGUGGACCAGGCGGUCCGGUUCAAGCAGGCUUUCUAUCCAUACGCGUAUAG